CUACUUACUAACAGAUUACUCUGGUGAAGGUGAGUUAGACUGCUUUCCUCUCUAUUUCCUCUUUCUGUCACUUCAUCCAUCCUUUUGUCAGGACAGCCUGUCAUCUCAUCCCUCAUGGUUGGGCUGAAGUCUCUCCCUUCUGUGGCUUCCUGUACUGAGCCAGGAGACCCGAACGUGCGAACCUGCACAGAAACACUCAUUUCUUAUUAUUCCCCAUUCAGAAGAGUCCUCUUCAUCUUGACCUUGCCUUCUGGAUUCUUUGACCUGGAGAUCCAAUGCAGAGGUGAGUAAUGCAGAGACAUUAUCCCUCUCCAAGGAGGCUUUUGUGUGAGUUUUGGGGUGAGGGGCCCUGAAACCUCUUGCUCAGCUCCAUGGCUGGAAGAAAACACACGUUCAUCCUCCUCUCCCUUUCUCUUCUAUUCCUCCUCUUCUGUCUCUUCACUCGUCCAUGUGUCUGCGGUCCUGCCCGGGCCCCUCUUCUCGCUGGCCAGCCUUUCCUGGUGUUAUGGGGGGUUCCAGACAAAGACUGUUUGGGUCGGCCGGACCCAGCUGCAUUUGGGAUGGAGUGGGAAGGCCGUGUGGCAAUAUUUUAUGAGGACACGCUAGGACUUUACCCAUAUUUCACUGCACAGGAUCGUCCUGUCAACGGUGGCCUACCACAACACACCAGCCUUGACAUUCACCUCCAGAGGGUGGAGGGUGACCUGACGGCCUCAUUACCCCAAGCAGGAGCACCUGGUUUAGGGGUGCUGCGCUGGCAAGAGUGGGCGCCUCAGUGGAACAGGAACAGGGGAAUUAAAACAAAGUAUCUUGUGGAGUCGAGGGCACUUCUCCGGGGAUUUUUUCCAGACUGGAGCACAGAGGAAGUAGAGAAAUGGUCUCAGGUUGACUUUGAAGCAGCAGCACAGUCCAUAAUGAUGGAAACCCUGCGGGAGGUGAAGAGACUCCACCCACAAAGAUUAUGGGGCAUAGCCCCAUAUCCUAACUGCUAUAACUUUGACUCCACCCAGAUAGCAUUAGCCAAUUACACGGGACGGUGCCCUGCGGCAGAAAUGGCCCUUAAUGAUGAGCUCAUGUGGCUGUGGAAGCGAAGCGGUACCCUCUAUCCAGCCCUCUCACUGGAGAAGCUGCCAGAGGGAACUAAAGGGGCGUGGCUUUACGCAACCAAUCAGAUCAGAGAGGCUUUACGAGUGGCGGCUCUUGCAGGGACUACCUUUGAUCUUCCUGUGUUUCCACUGAUCAAGAUUGUGUACACCUCCUCUAGCUCCUUUCUCUCAGAGAUUGAUCUGGUGAACACAAUUGGAGAGAGUGCUGCUAUGGGAGCAUCUGGAGUCAUUAUAUGGGAAAAAUCCUUAGCAGUUAAAACACAGAAAUCCUGCUCAGAGUUCAGCUCGUAUGUUCGUCAGGUUCUUGGCCCAUAUGCUGUCAAUGUGACCACUGCAGCACGUCUCUGUGGAGUCUCAUUGUGUCAGGGCCGUGGACGCUGUGUGCGUAAGAAACCUGAGGACCCCACAUACCUGCAUCUUCCUUCAGCCCACUUUAUGCUUCUCCCAAAUGGGGCAGAAGGUGUCCGGGCCACGGGAGAGCUUCCCACUGCUUACAUAGACCUCUGGAAGAAGGACUCCCGCUGCCAGUGGUUCGAAGCCUUGGAGGGUGCAGCAGCAGAUCAAGAAUCUGGCGUGGUGCUGGAAAACCAAGGGAAAAUAACAUCACCAACAGUAAAAACAGUGGUUGGGAUAAGCCCGAGUCAGAGUACCGUGGUUCCAGUGAUUCAAGUGGCAGUAGUGCCUACCAAGCAGCCAGUGGACGGCGGAAAUUCUGCACUUAUUACACCCAUCAUCCUUCUCUCCUCACUGGUUCUUCAUUAUGUUUGACGAGUAGAGAGCUGGAGUGUGAAGGAACUUUUGUGAACCUCAGUUGGCCUUGAUUUUGAUCGCUAAUUGCAAAAAGAAUUUUAAUAUAAAUACCCAAAGGAAUAUCUCUGUUAAGAGAAUAGCUUCUGUAAAAGAUAAUCUCAGAGAUGGAUUUAAAUUCACAGUCUGAACACGACUGAAUAAACAGAUCUGUUCUGCAUCACCUGCACUUGAAAAUGAACUGCAUAACUUAUAUUGGAUAUAGUUUUUUAAAGGGAUAGUGCUAUCAUUGACCCUCCACUUGUUCCAAA